AUGCAGAGUUGGGAGCCCCAGUUCAUCGCCGUGCACCAAGGGUUCAAGGUGCUCACACUCCGGUACCAGACGCAAGCUAAUCUAACUCCGCCUGGGCGUCCCGCUCCCUCUGACGGUAACAUGUGCGCACGGUUUUCUAUGUGCAUCUUCCUUCCGGAUGCCCUCGACGGCUUGCCGGGCCUGGUUGACAUGAUAGCAUCCCAGCCUGCCGACUUCCUGGAAAAGCACCUGCCGGAGGAGAAGAUCGAUGUUAGGGAGUUCCGGGUGCCCAAGUUCAAGCUGUCCUUCCAUGGCAGCGUCGUCGACAUCCUCAAGAAGCUGGGGCUUCAGUUGGCGUUCAGUGAUCAAGCCGAUUUGUCUGACAUGGUGGAGGACGAUGAAUCUGGCUUGCCAUUGGUCUUGAACGACGUAAUCCACAAGGCGGUCAUCGAGGUAAACGAGGAAGGCACCAUAGCCGCGGCUGUGUCCAUAGAUGAGAUGUUAUUCGGUGGUGUUAAUUUCAUGCGUCCGCCACCUCCUCGAGUAGAUUUUGUAGCCGACCAUCCGUUUGCGUACUUAAUAGUGGAGGAGACAACCGGCGCAGUUGUCUUUGCAGGGCAUGUCCUUGACCCCUCCAUCGAGAGCUAG